UUCAUCUACUUGGCUUUGUCUCAAGGGAUGUCAAGAUGGAGAACUUUGGUGUUCACAUAACAAAAGAUCAUCGUCUGAAAUUCUACGUUUAUGACUUUGAAUUGUCACAAAAAUACAAGGAUAUUGAGACGGGUAAACCAACUGUUCAGAAAAUACGCGGUUCAAAAGGUUUUGGUACAACAGAAUCUGCCCCAUUGGUACAAAUGACUGGAUCUAGGCGGACUUUUCCUGUUGAUGAUGUUGAAGGAUGGUUUUACUGUUUAUAUCACAUUUUAUGUGGCUCGAUUCCGUGGGAUAUCGGAUGGCCUGAACCGGAAUUUCGUAGAUCUACUUAUGCGACGACGUAUUCGGGGAUUCGUGCAAAGAAAUACGAUUGUCUAAUGAGUGCAAUCUUCAAUGUAAUCCUCAAAUGGUUGAAAACACCAGAGGUAGUAGAGGCGCGUUUCUAUGAUGAGGUUUUUUUAUUUUAUGCGAUUUAUGGGGAACUUUAAAGUUUACGGGCCAAAAUUUUCAUUUUGGUACUAUUUCGCUGGUUUUACCUCUGGACCUUUUACCUCCCAGGCCAGAUAGUUAUAACUCCGAAAACCCAGAUGCAUCUAAAUUUUACCAAAAUAUCGA